AUGGGCUCGAUACAAAAAAGAUGCAGAGCAAAAACCCUUAACCCAAACCCUAAUUCCACAGCCACCUCCAACUCCACCACCGCCACCUCCUCCUCUCUUCUUACCACCGCCACCACUACCUCCUCACCACAGCCGCUACCACCACCUCCUUCUCACCACAACCACCAUCUCCUUCUUCUCACCACAACGUCACCGUCACCAUCACUCUCUCUCUCUCUCUCUUCCGAUCGGUUAGCUCUUGUAUGUGGAAAUGGAUUUGCUGGCGGUGCCUACAGUGGUGGAUACAGCGGAAUUUAUGGAGGCAGUGGUGGCGGAGGAAAUGGAUUUGCUAGCGGUGCCUACGGUGGUGGAUACAGAGGCCGUGGUGGCAGUUAUGGAGGCAGUGGUGUCGGAGCAAACCACAAACACCAAAAAACACACACUUCCGUUGCAAGCGGUGUCGGAGCAAACCCUUCAACAAAUACGUGA